AUGUCCCGCGUCUAUAUCGGCAACCUGGACCCGCACGUGGGCCAGGAUGAGCUCAUGCAUGCCUGCAGCAAGUUUGCGAUGCCGGCAUCAGUGUGGAUCGCUCGCAACCCGGGCGGGUUUGCCUUCGUGGAGUUUUCCGACACGCGUGCGGCAGAGGUGGUCGUGGCGGGAAUGCAAGACACGCUCCUCGGCCAGCAGCGUGUCAAGGCCGAGCUCGCGAAAAACAAGGGCAAGAACGCGGCGCCGGCGGGCAACUCUGCAGCUCUCUCUCUUGCCGCUCCUGGUGCCUUCCGAGACGCCGUCCCCGCCUCGGGCCAUGCGCAGGUGGAGGACGCUUCGUGA